AUGGCUAUCGAUCCUCUUCUACCCGUAGGCCCAGCGAGGGUCAAGGCGCUCGUGCUGCCCAUCGGCCAUAUUACACGCGAACGCUUCACCGCGUUCGUCAGUCGUCUAAAUGCGGAGAGCAUCGUCUUCCUCCGGGACGUCACCCCCGAUGCCCGGCCGCAUAGAAACAUGUUCUCGCCCUUGGCCUUUCCCGAUGGCGCCAUGUUCUACGACCUCAUGAUGCACCACCCACCUGCCUCCCACCUCGCCCUCUCACCGUUCGAUUUGUUCCGCGAGCCGCUCGCCGUGAUCGCCGUGGCCGAUGGCGCCGAGCUGCCUAAAGCCGUGUUUAGUAAAAGACAUUCGGGUGGAAAGACCGUCGAGGAGGCCAACAUACGGUCGCUCUACCAGGACCUAGAGGAUUUGAGGGACCGGUAUUCCAAGGUCCUAGCCCAUCAGGUACUGGUAUUUGACUACACGCCGGCCAAGGAAAAUCCUUUGCCGAUACCCGAGGGUAUUGUUACUGUUCCGCCCGCCGAACAGUCCAAACGAACCACCAUCAAGACGGUCAUGUGCAAUAUUUCGGCCCUGAUCCUGGCUGAGAUGACCACCUUAGCCAAGUCAUACGAGGGAAUGUCGUUCAUAGACUCUCCAGGGCAAUCAUCAGGCCAUCAGAUGAGUGCCAUAGACGAACCUACGGCGGCCCCGAGGAGAAAUUCGCAAUUUUCGCUGCCGAUAAACCGAUCUAGCUCUACCAGUGGGCUUCCUGAUAGAAGCCGUGUUCGUAUGACCAUGCCACCUGUCCCCUCCAAGGGGCAACUGUCAGAGUCGGCCGGUUCCACACCCACCGUCCGGCCUACGACCCCUGUGAGCAACAACAAGCCUCUUCCGUCCCCUCCAUCCACGUUUGAAAAUAUCAUCGGACCCAUGACACCGAAUAGUCCUGAGCAGGCUGGUCUUUCAAGGCAUGACACAUCCGACAGCUUCCGAACGCAGAGCCAAGACCGAGUGUCGGUGCAAGGGUUCGGCCCCGGCGGGCUCAACGAGAGGUGGAGGAGCAAGGGGAGAUCGCGGGUCCAGGUCGUGGUCGGGUCGCUCUAUCUCCAGGCUGGCCUGUGGAACAACGCGCUGAAGGAGCUAACCGAGGCUGCCACGAUAGCAAAGUCGAUUAAUGAUCACCUCUGGCACGGGAAAGCCCUCGAGCUCACGCUCAUCAGCCUCCUGCUACUGGGCUGGGCUGGCAUCGAGUUUCGCGUCCCCAGCAUCCUGCUCCCGCCGCACGACAAGGGGAACAGUGCCGCCAUAGCGAUGCAAGAAGCCGAGGCGAGAGACCCCCACCAACCUCCGUGGUUGAGACACCUACAGGUACACAUGCCCGAGCUGCUCGACCGCAUUAUGGGCCUGUACUCGAGGAUAUCGGCCGAGCACCUUCCGCCGCUACCCCACUCCGAGGCCAUCAUCCGCUUCUGCAGGAUGUCCGCAGCCAUCCACACCGCCAACGGCCAGAUCUGCCGGGAAUCGCUCGAGAUGAUCGUUUUCGGCGUCCCGCCCCGGGUGCCCCUCACCACAUCGCCGCGCUUCACGAUCCAGCCCACGCGAACGCAGAUCGUUAACACGCUGUUCCGCGCCUUCCCGACCUCCUCGGCCGAGCUGCUCACUACGGUGGACCGGGUCGUGAUUCUCAGCGGGAUAGCGUCCGUGCUGGGACAUCUCGGUUUCCGCCGCAAGAAGGCUAUGGUUGUCAGAGAGCUCGUCUCGAUCCUAGUGGGUGGUUUGGUUGAAGCGCGCACCCGUGGUGCCGCCGACGUGGGUAUCCAUCCCGCGGCCGGGCUUGUCGGGCUUAAUGGUGCUAGUGCUCGGGAUGGGGCGGGUGGUGUACUGGAGCUUGCUGAGGGGGACGUUGAGCACGGGAUUGAUUCGUUCCUGGGAUUGUUGAUGAAGACGUAUGGGGUUGUUGGCGGCAACACCUUGGGAGACAAAGAGGACAGUUCGGACGGGGCGCUCGUGGGAAGGAUUCAGCAGCAAUCGGCUGCGAGACACUUUGGCAUGCAGAGCGUCAAGCUUAACAUUCUUCGGGCCUGCAUUAACUUUUCCGAGGCGUUGCCGGACUUUCAGGGCGUGCUGAAAUACUCGAGCGAUCUGCUUCGGACUGCUGGCAGUGGCAUUGCUCCCGGGCCGCGGAGAGAAAAUGCCUACCCCUCGAUAACAAGGGAGGAGCAAGUUCGCUUGGUCACCAAUAUUCUGAAGACGUCCAGUCUGUCCAAACGCCUGGGUAUCGGCAAUUUGACGGCCGAGUACUGGGACGAGUUCCUCCUCCGGGGCAUCACCAUGGAGGCGCUGCCGCCGACGAGGACGCCCGUGCCACAUGCGAAGACCGUCCUUCCCGGCAUAAUAACCACUCGAAGCUCUCAGGACAACCCCUACGAGAUCGAACUCGAACUGGAGAGCAUCCGGCUGGACACGGAGGGAGCCGAGUUUGAGUCGGCGGUGGAGACCACCGCCAUUGGCGCGUACCGGACACAGAUCAUGAGGAUAUCCGGUACGCCCAAGAGUGCAGGGACGGUCAAGGUCACGGGCGCACUUAUCAAGGCUCGCGGUUGCCGAGAGAGGAGAUUCCCCAUCUUUGCGGACCCCUGGGCGCCGGAUGAUGCUGUUAAAAUCAAGGCGAUCGGGCUUGGUGCCCUCGAUGUGAAUGCCGCGACUGUAUCGCCUGCUAUUGAGCGGCUCAGGCCGGAUCAUAUCGAGCUCAAUGUCAUCGCCCCUCAGCCUGUGGUGGUGGUCAAGUCGUCGACGCUCCCGCAAUCAUCGGUCAUGGUUCUCGAGGGCGAGCGCCAAACCUUCUCUGUCACGUUACAAAACCUCUCCACUACCACGCCGGCGGAUUUCCUGCUCUUCUCCUUCAAGGACUCGACGCAGGAACCCCUGCAGUUGGCGCUGGGUAACCGCGACGCCACCGCUACGGAACUCUACGAGUACGAGCUCGUGCUAGCCAAGAAACAGCCCCUCCGGCUGAAAAAUCGCGGCGACAGCAAGAGAUUCAUUGCUCCCGGCCAGACGGCAACUUUCGACUUCGAAAUACUGGGUAGGCCGGGCCUCACGCACGGCCUCAUCCAGGUAGACUACGCGCACAUUGGCGUACCGCACGAUGAGGUAGCCGAGAAGUUCUACACGCGGCAGGUAUCCAUGGAACUCACCGUCACCGUCAAUGCCAGCAUCGACAUCACCCGCGUCGACGUCCUCCCGCUCACCGGCAGCAUCCCAGCCCCGCUCUGGUCCCGCGCCACUAACAACAACCACGACCAAUCCACCCCACCCCCCGACUUCACCGCCGACACCCACUGCCUCCUCCUCCUCGACCUCCGCAACUCCUGGCCCAGCCAAAUGACCAUCCACCUCUCCUCCUCCCCGCCCGCCGACAACCCAUCCGAGACCGAUACGCAACCAAUCGAAGUCGAAGCACACAUCUUGCCCGGCAACACGGCGCGCCUCGUGCUCCCCAUCCGGCGCGUCUACCUCGAGGACCCGCACGCCUUCGUACCAGCCCUCAACCCGGCGCGCCAGCGCCAGUUCGUCGUCAGCACCAAGGUCGCCCCCGAGGCCGAGCGCCAGAGCCGCGAGGCCUUUUGGUUCCGCGAGCGCGUGCUCGACGCCCUGAGCGCGCGCUGGCGCACCGCUGCGGUGGCCGGCUCGGCUGCUGUGGCCGGUGGGAGGUGCAGGGAGGGCGAGAUCGACCUGCGCGCGCUGCGCUUCUCGCCGCGCAUGGUCGAGGCCGUCCGCGUCGAUGAGGUGGAUGUCGCCAUUUCCGUGGUGGACCCCGCGACGGGCGAGCCGCUGGCACCCUCUUCCACUAGCAGCAGUACCAACACUGGGCGGUUCGCAGUUGACGUCGACGCCUUCCUACAACUACGCGUGCGCGUCACCAACCGCUCCGCCCGCCCUGUCUACCCGCUCCUGCGCCUCACCCCGGUGCUCUCCCACCGGCCCUUCAACGUCUCGCUCGACUUCACCCGCAAGAUGGCCAAGUUCGCCUGGAACGGCAACCUGCAGCAGGCGCUGCCGCUGCUGGAGGGCAACGGCGGCGUCGCCGAGGUCGCCAUGGGCGUCACGGCGCUGUGCAGGGGCGAGUUUGAGGUGCUCGGCAGCGUGGAGGAGGCGAGGCUGUGGGUGGAUCCGGAGGAGGUGGCGAGGGAGAGGGAGAGGGAGAAGGAGGAGGGAGGCCGGAAGGGGGGGAAGUCGGAGGCGGAGGCGCAGGUUAUGAUUUUGGGCGCGGCGUUGGGGAAGCGGGAGAGGAGGGUGUGGCAUGCGAGGAGGGGCUGUCGGUUGGUGGUGCGUGAUCGGGUGGAGAGGUGA